UACUACUAUCCCCAUUGUAGCGAUUAGCCAACACCAAAGCUCAGCUGAAAAGGACAAAAAGAUUCUUCUUUCCCAUUUCGAUCCUUUUGACCAAUUUCUUUUUCCUUUUUUCCCCUCUUUAUAAUAAUCAUAAUCAUCUCCUUCUGUUUGUUUAUUCAUGUAAUUCAUACAAAUUUGAGAGCAGAGAAUCUCUGAUCGCGUUACCUGAAGCGGGCAUUCAAGCACUGCAUGGCCACUGCGUUUUAGGAGCAUCUCGUUUUUAGCGGUGCGACUCUCAAGCCAAACUGAUUCAUGUAAGUAAUUGAAAAAUGCUGACGUGUGUACCUCGAACGAAGCAACCCGGCGAUGACUCGUUGAGUCAAGCCGAUGAGUCUGGCACCACGAGCAUUCAUAAUACCAAACACCACCAAGCGAUCAAAUCCCUCACUACUCAGCUUAGGGACAUGGCAUUAAAGGCCUCCGGAGCAUACCGGCACUGCAAUCCAUGCACGGUGCCAACAACUCAGGGCCGUUUCAGGAGCAACUGGAACGAGUCUGACGCAGAGUCAGAGCGAUUCCGGUGGUCGUUACGCCGGACCGGAAGCUCGAGCUCGACGACGACUAGAACAUGGGGGAAGGAGAUGGAGGCCAGGCUGAAGGGGAUAUCGAGCUCGAGCGGCGAAGGGACCCCAAACUCAAUGAAUGGCAGUGGGCGCCGGGUCGACCCGCCCGUGGUGUUCGUCGAAGAGAACGAACCCAAGGAGUGGGUGGCCCAGGUGGAGCCCGGUGUUCUGAUCACUUUCGUUUCUCUCCCGCGCGGAGGAAAUGAUCUCAAGCGGAUACGUUUCAGUCGAGACAUGUUUAACAAGUGGCAAGCUCAAAGAUGGUGGGCAGAGAAUUAUGACAGGGUCAUGGAGCUUUACAAUGUCCAGAGGUUUAAUCGCCAGGCUUUUCCCCUUCCAACACCCCUAAGAUCUGAAGAUGAGAGCUCAAAGAUGGAGUCUGCAGAAGACAGCCCUGUAACGCCACCACUGACCAGAGAACGCUUGCCUUGUAAUCUGUAUCGACCAACAGGGAUGGGAAUGGGCUACUCAUCCUCAGAUUCACUGGAUCAUCAUCCAAUGCAAGCUCGGCAUUACUGUGAUUCAGGUGGUCUCACUUCGACCCCAAAACUCUCUAGUAUUAGUGGGGCCAAGACAGAAACAUCAUCAAUGGAUGCUUCUAUAAGAAGUAGCUCAUCAAGGGAGGCAGAUCGCUCUGGGGAGCUGUCAAUAAGCAAUGCUAGUGAUAUGGAAACUGAAUGGGUUGAACAGGAUGAACCGGGAGUUUACAUAACUAUCAGAGCCUUGCCAGGUGGCAAAAGGGAGCUCAGAAGAGUUAGAUUCAGCCGGGAAAAAUUUGGGGAGAUGCAUGCCAGAUUGUGGUGGGAAGAGAAUCGAGCCAGGAUACAUGAACAAUACUUGUAAUUGAGCAAAAAACAGUAGCUGCUGGUGCUGUCAAGAUUGUGGGGGUGUGUUUAUCUCUACUAUUUCUUUGAAUCAUUUUUUUUUCUUCCUUCCAUACUAGUAGAAUCUCUUCCAUACAGAAUCUAAACAGGUGCUGCUGGCACCUCUCGAUUUUUGGGAGACUCCUCGCAUGAUUCUUGGAAAAGUUUCUUACUUGUGAAGUUCCUCAACUUGGUAGAUGCAUGAGCAUACCAUCGUGGGAAUUGGGAUGAUAUCCUUAAUUAAUCUAUAUUUUAACAAUUUCUUUUAAUUAUGGGUGGAUAAAGAGCAAUAGUUGUGUAUUCACAGUUAUAUGGGUGGUCAACACAUCAGUAUCAAUGAAAGAAUGUGUUUUCUA